CCAGCGUAAAGGUUACAGUGACUCUCACCUGGUUAUAACAGUUUUGCUUUGUAAUCAUGGGUUCUGAGAGAUAUAGCUUUUCUUUGACUACUUUCAGUCCAUCUGGAAAAUUAGUUCAAAUUGAGUAUGCACUUGCCGCAGUCGCAGCUGGAGCUCCAUCAAUCGGUAUCAGAGCAUCCAAUGGAGUUGUAUUGGCUACUGAAAACAAAUACAAAUCAAUUUUAUAUGAAGAACAUACUAUUCAAAAAGUAGAAAUGAUAACUAAACACAUUGGAAUGGUCUACAGUGGAAUGGGACCUGAUUAUAGGCUACUAGUGAAGAGAGCUAGAAAAAUGGCUCAACAAUAUCAGUUAGUUUACGGUGAGCCUAUUCCUACUGCACAGCUUGUUCAACGAGUUGCCAUGGUUAUGCAGGAGUACACUCAAUCUGGAGGUGUUAGACCUUUUGGAGUUUCUUUACUCAUUGCCGGGUGGGAUGGGGAUAAACCAUCUCUGUUUCAAUGUGAUCCAUCUGGAGCAUACUUUGCCUGGAAAGCUACUGCAAUGGGAAAAAAUUUUGUCACUGGCAAAACAUUUCUAGAAAAGAGGUACAGUGAAACUUUAGAGCUGGAUGAUGCAGUACAUACUGCAAUUCUCACUCUUAAAGAAAACUUUGAAGGCCAAAUGACUUCGGACAAUAUCGAGGUCGGAGUUUGUGAUGAUCAAGGGUUCAGAGUUUUAGAUCCUACAACAGUGAAGGAUUAUCUGGCUAAUAUUCCAUAAAUUUAUUAUUAAAAUUUGAUUUUAUAAUUAAUAAAAAGGUGAUUGCUUAUGGAUAUGUGUGAUGCCUAAAUAAAAUAUUAUUUUUUAUUGGUUUAAUGCCAAA